AUGGAUGGAAGCCUAGGGGAGAUGUCUGUCCAAAUCCACUCUGAGCUCCACAGUCAGGAUGGCAGAGCGAUGCUGCAUUCACGGGACCUUUCAGCUGCUUUCCCCAGGCCCUCCCUUGGGGGGCACUCCAUGUCCCUGGAGCCUGAGCACCGACCUCCAGGUUUCGACCACUCCAUGUCAGCGUUGGGCUAUGGAGGAGAUGCUCCAUCUAGCUGUGGCAGCACGUACACCACACUAACCCCCCUGCAGCCCUUCGAUGACAAAUUUCACCACCACCAUCACCACCACCAUCCCUGCCUGCCGGUCAGCAAUGUCAUCGGGAGCUUUACUCUCAUGCGUGAGGACAGAGGCCUGGGUGGCAACUUCUACAACCCUUACGGCAAAGAUCUGGGGAUGACGCAGAGCCUUUCGCCACCUUCUACAGGCUCUGGCUUGGGGACACCCAUGCACGGUUACGGGAGCCUGGGAAACAGCCCCAACGGCAAUGGUGGCCAGAUGCUUCCAAGUGGUUACGAGGUCCACGGGGGCAACAUCUUCUGCAGGACGGCGGACUUCGGCAGGGAGAUGUCCCCUCCAGGGCUGGGCGGAGACUCGUCGGUCAGCCAUCAGCUGAACAAGAUGGAGGCUCACCAACACGCGCCCAGCCACCAUCCUCACAUCUACAGUCAGCACUACCAACACCACCACCACCCCAGCCAGCAGUCCUCAAAGGCUGGGGAGCUCCCCCACUCCUCGUCCUCUUCGCCCAGCAGUGAGGGCAUGCUGCCCAGCUCUCAGGGCAGUGGAGGUGGAGGGGCUGGAGAGGAGAUCGACACCAGGGACGUGGCCCAGAGGAUCAUCACUGAGCUGAAGAGGUACAGCAUCCCCCAGGCCAUCUUUGCAGAGAGGGUGCUGUGUAGGUCACAGGGCACUCUGUCUGACCUCCUGAGGAACCCCAAGCCCUGGGGCAAGCUCAAGUCUGGCCGCGAGACCUUCAAGAGGAUGUCCCGCUGGCUGCAGGAGCCCGAGUUUCAAAGGAUGGCCUCACUGCGGCUGGAGGGUAAGAUCUCUUUCCAUUUCUCUCCACCUCUCUCUUUCUCUCCAUGUUUUUCUAAAAAAAAUCCAACAAGAUCUGUAUGCUGCUCAGAGGAAUGAAAAACAAGUAGUUAUUUUCCUAUGUUCCUAAAGGAUAGGUUUGAAUGAUAGGUCCAUAGUUUGCACAGUCAUGACUCUCACAUUUUAGGCGCUCACAAAAGACAUGUUACAGAUCAUUCAAGGAGCAGGGUACACCAAUUUAUUUUGAUCUAGUUAAACCAUUAGAAUGGACAUUUUCCAUUCUUAAAUGAACCAUGGAGAUCAUAAUUACAAGGAUUAUUGGUGGUGGUUUAAGAACUUUUGAAAUCGCCAAAAAAUACGAUUUGUUUGUGCAUGCCUGAAGUUAAGAGUUGGGGAGAUAGUUAGGAAAUGUUGUUUCUGUUGUGGAAACAUACACCUGUGCUUUCACCCACACUUCAUAUGAAAUCCCCAUGUCUGGGAAAAAUAAAAUGAAUAUUGGUGAAAUGGGAGUACAAGAUAAAACAACAUUAUGAAAAAAAAAUAGGUAUUUUUAAAAGGCAGGGCAUGAUUUGUUGGUUGACAUUUGAUAUUCUUUGGGGAUAUGCACUGAAGAAGUGCAUAUCAAUGUACAGUGCCUUGUUACAGUGUUGUCACUCCAUAGGGACUGAGAACCCAUUUGAUACACGAAGCACAGAAAGAGAUCCAAGUGAACACAGUAAUAUGAUAUGGGCUGAGAGGAGUGUGUGUAUGUCGGCAGGGGGCUGUGAGCUGUGUAAGCAAGCACAGUUGAUCACAGCUUUUCGCUAUCUGUCAGCAGCCCAACUGAUUAAGCCCAAAAACACAAUAGGGCUCAUAAGUAAUGAUUGUGCACUCUUGCAAUCCUCUCACAAUUAUUGAUCUUUGAUUGUUUAGCUCUCUGAACACGUGUACAUCCUCAGUUCGACAAAAUGUUACACUAAUCAUACUCAACCCAGUUACAAGUGAUUGAAUUAUCUUGUUUAGAUUUGCAGAGUUUCUGUUAUGUGACAGUUUUGUUGUCUACAGUAUAUCGUCAAUGCAUCCAAUCUUUACUUGAAGCAGUGUUAUUGUGCAAGGAAGGAAAUGUUUUCCCCCUGCCACUGAGGUGUUGUGCGAUCUGUAAACAUAAUACUUUUUUUCAUUUUGAGAAAACACCACCUUUUUAUCAUAGAUGACCCAAACAAUUUGGAUGAUCCUGCAGUAUUCUUGUUAUUUUACCUCCACAGUCAUAUAUUUUUUUCCACGACUCACUGCUCCAAAUUUCAAGGAGCAGAUCAAUCCUAGUCAUAAAAAAUGAAGGAGCUUACGUGGGGAAUAUAUUGCGAGCGUACAAACAUUUGACAAUGCUUUUCCCCCACACAGACUAAACUUGCAUAUUUAGUUAUUGGCAAAGGCACAAUUUGGACAGCUCUGCACUUUUCUACAUAACCUACUUUCUGAGGGGGUUGUUUUUCCCUUCCCGGCCAACCCCCUUUUGUUUAAUUACAAGCCUCUAUUGAUUUCCAUGGGAAAGAGCAGCACGCCUUGCACACACAUACCUCGACCACAUCGGCAGAUCGAGACUGGAAUUAGAAUGCACAGUGCCCUGUGCUCCCUAGUCUGAAGAUAGCUCAAGUGUUGUUUGCGUCACGCCUCAAGUUUUAAGAUGAUCCACCUUAAUGCAGCUCUCCCUUAAAUACCCACCAGCUCCUUCAGCAUGUCAGUGUCUCAGCCAGCUCUCCAUGUUUAUUUUUAUCAUGCCAGUUAUCUUCCCUCGACAAAAUGUUUUAUUAUGCAAAGCUUUAGGAUAAAUGGUGGACCUGAUUAUGUCAUGUCAUCGUCUUUUAAUAUUUCUCUUUAUGUGGAGACAUUCUGAAGAGCUUACAUGGAGAAGGUUAUUUUUUCUCUCUCCUGUUUAGUGGUUAUGCUCUCUAGAUGCAUCUUCAGGCUAACCUCAGGCUGUGGAGGAGGCAAUCAGGCUUUAGUCAGAGAAGAAGGCAAGGUGCAGCUAAAGACCACACAGUGGUGCUUGAACACUUUAAGUCGCGAGGGAUCAGGGAACCUAACUUUAAAGAUGAUGGCUGAAGCCCUUGACUGAAGGUCUAAAUGAAUAAGAAAGGUCAAUGCGGUUUAUGUCUCAGGUCCAGUGGCUGCGCCAUCCCCCAGUAAUUAAAGCCAUGAAGCCAAUCCACUGUAUGUACACUAUUAUAUUCAGUUCAGUUAUCCUAGCUCAAAGGUCACAAGGGAAAUAUUUGCAUGUGAAAAAUGCGUAACAUUCCAGUAUGGUUUAAACAGCACAGUCUCCCAAACAAACAAUGUUGUUUUUAUCGGGUUGUUGCAGCUCCUCAUUCUGGCGCUGAAGGGGUUAACCCGCCUCUAUGGGUUGAGGAGUCUGAGCUGCACAGAUUUAAUCAAUAAUUUCUAUCAGCCCCUGGCCCAAGAAAUCAGCAGGGGGUGGGCUGGGGCUGGAGGGGGGAGACAGGGAGGGGGUCGGCUAGGAGGGGGGUGGAGGUUCAGACGCCGGGGGGUAGGGAAAGGGCUUUCGAUCACGUUUCAGCAACACGAGACAAGGGCAUACAUCAUGAUCAGGGGCUGUUCCCACGAUCAUAAGAAGCCUAUAGGGGAAUAUUUAUGUCUCCAGGAGUAGCCCCGGUGCCAGGGAUUUAUAGCAUGGUAAUUGCAAGCCUUUUACACAUGAUUACAGCAUAAGGAAGCAUUUACUUAAUGGUUGGCGUUAUGAUCGCCAGUGAGGGAGGGACAAAAGGACAGGAUGGAGGGGCGGAGGAAAAAAAGAGGAGUAGGACACCCUGACUCCUCCAACAACCCAUAAUUCCACAGUACAAGCAAGCUAACCACUACUUUCAUCUCAUUGCUUUCAUUACUAUGUGUUUCUGAGCACAGGACAGUAUGGGUUCUAUAGCUGCAGUCUUCUUAUUGACAUGGUAUGAACAUAUAAUGCCAGUAAAACAUGUAGCAGUUGGGAAAACAUAUUUAUUUUAGUUGUGGUAAUAUUGACGUUUGACAUUUCAGGCCGUUCAGAUUUUAAUGAGACAUGGCUCGAUAACUCUCAGAAAUGUAAAUGAGCUGUAGAUGCCUAAAAGCUAACAGGCCCUGUAAUCACAAGUUGACAAGAGGUUAGACAUCCCAGAGUCUAACAUUUCCUUCAGAUAAUGAUUCAGAGUGAAUAUACAGUGGGAAUUACAGCACAAUGUAUUAAUGCACAACAUUCACAUUAGCUAAACUAGACCUCAGCUAUAGGCCUAGCCCUAGUGAAUUUGAAAUGUCGUCAUUUAAUGGCGCUGCUAAUAAAUGUCCUAAUGAUAAAAUAUUUAUAAAUUGUCUUUGAGUUGCCGUUUAUCAUAUGCACUACUGUGCUUUUACAGCAAAUAUCAGGCCUAUCAACCCUCAAUGUGUGAGAUGAUUUUCAAUGGGGAGAUAUACAGUAAGCCAAUCUAUCUAUUGAACAUCUCAGCGCCUUUCUUUGAGACUGGGGGCAGCCUCGCUGUGUGCCCUGCUUACGCUUAAAAAAUACCAUCACCAUCAGCAAAAAAAGCAAUACAACCACACACUGCUGAUUGAGAUGUCUUAAAAGUGUGCAUUUAGGUAAUUACAAGAGUCACCCAAAUAUGUUUUAGUCCACUUAGGGCUUCUGAACACUCGGAGCAGUGCAGACUCUGCUUGUUUCAAUCCCCUCUGACGUAACCUAUUUAAUAGAAAAUAAAUUAGUCCCCCCUAAAGUGAUUAUCACUCACUCUCUCCGCCUCAUGUAAAUGACUUUUAUGAGAAACUAAUGAUGUUGGAGUGUCCACUAAGGCAAGUCGGAGGGGAAGAGGAGGGAAAAUGAGGAAGAAAGGGGGGGGAGGGGCUGUCUUAGUUUACGAAGACAACGGUGGGUGUAGUGUUUCCAGUACAUACAGUAUCUAUUGUAGGCCUACUUGUACAUGUGGUCAAAUGUUUAGUUGUGGGCAGAGUAGCCCAUACACUUUGUAUUAUCUAAUCCUCAAAUGGAUGCACUGCAGACACAGCCUAUAGCCUAUACAGUUUUAUCUCAGCACUCUAAUUAGGCUACAUGUAAACGUUGAACAAUAUAACAUUGUAAGUGGGUCAUUUCAAAUUACUGCAUUUUCUCUCAGAGACAUUAUAUUAUUUUCCCUCACGAGGACUGCACUGGCUACUGUAUACUAUGAUCCUGGACUGCAAUUGUGUGUGAAUAGCCUAUGGAGCAUAAACACUUUUCACUCUCCUGUGAAUGCACAGACUUGCACUUAGACAUUUACUAUCCUAAUGCAAAAAGCAUUUAGGGACUUUACUGCAAAAAUUGCUUGCAGGCUACUUAUAGUCUACAUUUGGAUGCUAUUUGGUUGGCAUGGCCAAUUUUGCCUGCCUCAAGUUGGCUUCUCUUUUUUGCCUUGGAAAACGUCUGUUAUUCCUGUAGAAUGGUAGCCUCUGCCCCCGUUGCUACAUCUCUGUCCUCUGUCCUGGAUAACUGUCAACGGAAAACAACGAUUUGGAAUUUAGUCGAACUGAAAUUCCAAAUAAAAGCGAAGCAACAUUGUAGCCGAGUCUUACCUGUAAAUGUGUCGUUUUUUUUGGAAAACUGUAACACUAAUUUAACAAACCGUUGAUAGUCAAUAAUAGCAGCAACAAAAGCCAAAACUGCAGGUAGUCAAUUGAAGUAGCCAAUGUUGUUGUGCAGGAGGUAACAUUGACUUUUUAUUUUAUGCUCUAAUCUAGCAUAGGCUAAUUCUGAAAACUCCCUGUUUGCUAAUGUGCAUGUCCUGUGGUAGCCUAAAUUUCCCACCACACACGUCAGGUGUCACACAGGUGCACUGACCUGUCACAGGUCUGCACAUGUCAACAGAAAACAGAGUAGUCUAGCCCAGUGACGUGUACACUGUAUUUGCCUUUCGUGAACUAACACUCGCACUUGACUUUUUUCCCAUCUACUAGCACUGACUUUGCUGACAGCUACUUUAUUGAGGAAAAAUGUACUUACUAUGACUGUGAUAUGUAGUUGUCCCACCUAGUUAUCUUAAGAUUAACUGUAAGUCGCUCUGGAUAAGAGUCUCUGCUAAAUGACUAAAAUGUAAAUGUAAAUGUAGACCUAUUCAGUAAAAAAUGAAAUGCGUGCCUAGAAGAACCUGUUUAUUUGUUAUUUAUCUGUAGCCUACUUUAUGUAUUUUUUUGCAGGUGGAGGAUAAUGUCCAUGACCAUGACAACAAGUAUUUAGGCCUAGUCUAGUUGUCUAGUAAGCAUUUAUCCAAGUUGAGUGGCCUACUUGCAUGUAAAAGUGUGACAGCCUAAUGUCUUGAUUUCUGGUGGAUUAGGUUUACUUUACCAACUGUGCAGUGAAACAAGUUGCUGAUUCAUCUCUUUUAGCGAAUCAAACUUGCUUAGCUAAUCUGUUUUCCUUCAACAAAUCCACUUUCUCUCAGCUAAUCCAUUUGUCCUAGUUAGCUAGCCAAUCUGUUUUAGCUAACCCAUUUUUAUACUUCUUAUGCCUAUAGCUUGCAAGCGGAAGGAGCAGGAGCAGAGUAAACUGGAGCGCAACCAGGGCCCCAAGCGCACCAGGCUGGUGUUCACAGACCUCCAGAGGCGUACCCUAUUGGCCAUCUUCCGGGAAAACCACCGGCCAGCCAAGGACCUCCAGGUCACCAUCUCCCAGCAGCUGGGCCUGGAGCUCUCCACCGUCAGCAACUUCUUCAUGAACGCCCGGCGCCGCAAUGUCAACAAGUGGGCAGAAGAGGGCCGACCCUCCUCCACAGGCUCCUCGGGCUCCAGCGUGUCCUCCUCUGCUGUGUCCUGCAGCACGGCCUGA